UAUUUAUUUUCUUUCUUUUUUAAUCAGACUCGCGUUAAUAUGAGGAAAACACUAAUAGGACUCUUAACGAGACUCGACUGUAUGUAAAGAAUUAAAUGUACUUGAAUUUUAAACCGAGGAAUGUGUUUAUUCUGUACUGAGAGAAUCCAAUCUACCGAUGUUCUACAGAUUAAGUUAAUAUUCUGAUGGAGAAGGCUCUCUGACGGUAGGAGGAAGCGAAAGUGACAUUGUUACCAAGAAUGGACAGAACCAGACGAACAACCUUAACUCUAUAGUUUACAUAGUUUCAUGCAUGUCAUAAGAAUAAAGAAGUGAAGCGUUAAAACAAAAUGACGAGAAAAUUAAACAAAUUUAUCAUCCUCUUCGACAAUACUAAUCUUCUAUAUUUUCCUGGGCAUUUUUUAUCUGGAAGAGUACUUAUUGAAUUAGACGAUGAAACCUGUGUUUCAGGACUGCAUUUUCAUGUAAUUGGCGAGGGCGUUGUGCGAGUAAGAAGUCAAAGAGCUGAGCGGGUUUAUGAUAAAGAAAAUUACAUCGAUUUUCGAAUGCGACUUUUAGGUGAACCAGGAGAAAAUGCGUCUUUUUUAUCUCCUGGCAUACAUAGUUUUCCUUUUAAAUUGGGUUUACCACUAGGACUACCAUCAACUUUCUUAGGAAAACAUGGAUGGGUUCAAUAUUACUGCAAAGCAGCAUUACGUGAACCUGGAGGCUUAACACAUAAAAAUCAACAAGUUUUUAUUGUUAUGAACCCCAUCGAUCUAAACCUUGAACCACCAAUAUUAGCACAACCAGCUCGAUUAGAGGUAGAACAACGCGUUGGAGUUUCUUGCGUGUCUAGUGGACCAAUAUUUUGUAGAGUUAGUCUUGAUCGAGGAGGUUACGUACCAGGGGAAACAAUUGGAAUCUCAGCGACUGUGAGUAAUCGAAGCAAGGUGACAAUGAAAUCUACCAAAGCAUCCCUGACAGAAACAAUUCAGUAUUUAUGUAGAGGCAAAAUCUUAGCCAGCGAAACGAGAGAGCUUGCUAGUGUUUCGCGAGGAAAAAUUCGACCAGGGGAAGGUGAAGAAUGGUUGAAUGAACAGAUGUAUGUUCCACCUUUACCUCCAACUAAUCUCCGAGGAUGUCAUUUAAUUAAUAUACUUUAUCAUGUUUAUUUUGUAAUAAGCCCAAAAGGUUUGGAUAAAGAGAUAAAGCUCCAAAUACCUAUUGUAUUAGCGACUUACCCACUUCGACAAGAGGGAGGUUUGAUAUCCAGUGCUCCAUCGAAAAGAGGAGCUCAUUAUCCUUCAACUUUACCAAUCUUUCGACCUUGGCUUGAUGAUAAAACUCUUGAAGUUGAAGAAUGAUUUAUUAAGAUAUUUGUUAAUUGUAUAUUUACUAAAAGUUUUCAUCGAUAUUAUAAAAGAUAAAAUAACUUUCACUGACAAUACUUUAAAAAGACAUGUACAUUGAUUAAUAAUAUUAUUUGUUCCUGAGAAGAAUAAAACUAAACCAGUUCACAAAGUGAAAACUUUAGUCUUAACUCUUUCUUCAGGAUUUUAAGGCUAGAUCGCGAUAGAAUUAAUGUUUUAGAAUCAAACUGAUUAAAUGUAUUGACUGUAAAAUUUUAAACUGAUAACGAAAUUUAAAUUAAGUAUUUAUUCAUUAUUUUUUAUAACAUUUUUUUCAACUUGAAAGAACAAGUAAAAUAAACUUCUCAUCAAAAUA